ACCACUUUUUCUAUAUUUCUCUUCCUAUGCUUUCUUUUCUUCUUAACAAACUACACUCUUUUUUUCUAUUUCUAAGUAAAUAUAUUAUUAUUCUUUUACCACUAAUUCUAAUAAUAUUACAAUACAUUCCGAUUUUCCACUAGCUACUCAUAACAUUGUGUGCUCUUUUUCCGUUGUUUGUUUGUUUAUGUUGCAGUCACAAUGCCUUCUAGGCCAUCCCACGUAAUUAACCAUGAAAAGCCUAAUUUGAUUUCUAACUCGACUAAUAAAUAUUUUUUAAACUUUCAGUCUGUGAAAGAGUUACCUGACUCAUUUGCAUGGGCCCCACAUGGGGAUCCAUGUUCUAUUGAGUCGGAUGUUUUUAAACCUGACUCUGUACCUAUAGUUGACCUAGAGGAUUUAAAAGCCCAUCAACUUAUUGGGCUUGCAUGUAAAUCAUGGGGAGUUUUUCAAAUAAUUAACCAUGGAAUUCCAAAAAGGUUGUUGGAUGACAUUGAGAUUGCUACUAAAAGCCUUUUUGGUUUGUCCGUCCAUCAAAAGCUUAAGGCAGCCCGAUCAUCUGAUGGUAUUACGGGUUAUGGCCCAGCCCGUAUCUCUUCCUUCUUUUCUAAGAGGAUGUGGUCCGAGGGUUUCACCAUUUUGGGCUCUCCACUUGAUCAUGCGCGUCAACUUUGGCCUAAUGAUUAUACAAAAUUUUGCGACAUUAUUGACGAGUACCAAAAGGAAAUGAAUCAACUAGCAAAGAAGCUUAUGCAACUAAUACUAGCUUCAUUGGGCAUACCAAACCAAGAUAUUUUGAAAUGGGCUGAUUUACUCCAAAAUGCAAAUGGAGCUAUCCAAUUAAACUCGUACCCGGUUUGUCCGGACCCAAAUCGAGCCAUGGGUUUGGCGGCUCAUACGGACUCAACAUUGCUAACUAUCCUCCACCAAAGUAGCACGACGGGGCUACAAGUUUUCAAAGACCGAACCGGGUGGGUCACGGUCCCACCUCUUUCAGGUGGGCUUGUUAUAAACAUAGGUGACCUAUUGCACAUCUUAUCAAAUGGGCAAUACCCAAGUGUGUAUCACCGGGCCAUGGUUAAUCGGGUCCAACAACGUUAUUCUAUGGCCUACCUUUAUGGACCCGGGUCAGGAGUUCGGAUCCAACCACUUCCUAAGCUAAUUGAUGCCACUCAUCCUCCUUUAUAUAGGCCCGUUACAUGGAGUGAAUAUUUAGGCAUAAAGGGUGAACAUUUCAAUAAGGCCCUUUCAUUAAUCCGUCUUAAAAACAACAUUAAUCCUCAAAUUAAAUCCUUAAUUACAAGUGAUCAUGAGCCUAAAACCAUUAAAGUUGAUUCUGAUAAGACAAUCCUUGCAGGAUUUGCUUAAUUGAUUAACAAAUUAAUCAAGAGUUUAUGAGGGUUAAUCAUUUUGUUUUUUUCUUGUCAACCUAUAUGGUUUUUUGUUAAUUAAUUAUUAGUUUUUAGUCGUGAGGUUUUUUCUUUAUUUGAUUUUCCUUUCUUUUCAAGACUAAGUUAAUCUUGAAAUUAAGGUUGUAGAUAGUAUUCAUCUCACGAGCUUGCACACUUUGUACUAUUUUAAAUUUAUCAUCAAAUAAAAUUGAUGAAAUAAGUAAGAAUAGAUGUCUCAAUA